AUGUUUAACUUGAAUGAUUAUCUGAAUAGUUUCAAGGCCAAAGGGGCAUCAGAAUCUAGAAAACGAGGAUUUUUACAACUCUACUCAUCCGAAUACAUUCAACCAAGUAAAUAUUUACUAAUUUCCGAAGAAGAAAACAAGACAGAAGAAACAACUCAACCAUCGAAUGAUGAUAAACAACAGGUUGAUGACGUUCAAGAAGAAGAGGAAUUCAAAGAUCAUCGUUCGGCCAUCAAGAUUAUUCCUGAGAGAAUUCACUCCUCCGAUCAUGAUAACCUUCAUCAGAAUAAUAAUUUAAUUGUUGAAGAUUGUUGGAGGGUCAUCUUUGAAUUCUGUCAAGCUCCAGAGAUGAAGAGUAUGAUCUUGGUUUGUAAGAAUUGGUUUCACCUAUUCCUUCCACAAUUAAAAUCAUUUAUAGAGACGUGUCGUGUUAUGUACGAUGAAAAUGUGCAUUUGGAAGAAUUGAAACAACAUGUUGAAAAUAAUGGGGAUAGUGGCACGAUCGCUGAUGGUUUGUUUACUGAAUUGGCAACUUGGAAGGCAUAUUUGUGUUAUGAUGAUUUGGAUGAGAAGGAGUAUUCUGGGUUGAGUUGGGAUAGAAUUAAUGACAAUCAGGUAGAGAUUGAGAUUGAAGGGUUGAACUAUAGACAAAAGGUUCUUCCGUUUGGAGUUCCACUUUGUAAGGGAACUAUUUCAGAUCAGUAUGAAUUGGUUUCGAGUGAAAUUGACACUAAAACAUAUAGAAAAAUGAUUGAACAAUUUAUGGGAAUUCCUCACUCAGAGCAAGGAACUAUUUGCUUCAACCCGUUUGAGUUGAGUGAUAAGAUGGAACAAGAGAAGGAUAUGGUGAAUGUAUAUCUUCAUGAAAUCCAAGAGUCACUUGAUACAGACACAGAUGGUCCAAUAGCUCUUGAUGGAAAUGUAAUCUACACUGAUGACACUUCUUAUACCAGUGCACAGGAUUCUUCUGAUUUUACAUUUUAUGCUCUGAGAUCAGGCAUUAAAAGAUUGGCCAGAAGAGGUGGUAUUAAGUACUUUGAACCAUCAGUAAUUGAGGAUAUGUUAUAUGAAUUGAAGAAGGUAAUUCAUUUAACCCUCAAAGACGCCUACGAGAAAAAGUUUCCAAACAAGACUGAAGAAUUGAAAUUCGAAGAAUCCAGGUAUCAAUAUGAUACAUAUCGCAUCGAUCCAUACGAUGCAUAUUGUCCAACAUUUGAUGAUAAUAUUGAUACUGACCUCAAAUUAAAUCAUGAGGAAAUUUUAGAAUCAUUCGAAAAGGUUACUGGCUUGAAAGUAACGUAUGCUACUGUAGAAGAUCCUUAUGAAUUGAACGAUUCAGGUAUGAAGGAGUAUUACGCAAAAGAACACGGUACUCAAUCAGUCCAUGAACUAGAGGUAAAUUCUAAAGAUUCACCAUUAAAAGGCGACGGGAAUGAAUUAGAAGGACCAACAACUGCUGGGGACACACCAAGUGAGGAUGAAGAAUCGGAAGAAGAUCUUGAGAUAUCAGAUGGUGAAGAUUCUGAAACAGAAGAAGAGGACGAGCCGAGUCAGAAAACAAUCACUGAGCAAAACUUUAUUGAUGAUAGUGAGAUUUACACUUUUGAUUUGGACAAUCUUGGGGAUUCUCUACAAGAUGAAUUAAUGAAAGUUUCUAUUCGAGUUCAUGAACAAGUGUAUGGAAAAGAAAGAGCUCAUUCGGAAAAGCUCUAUCUCAAACAUUGGUAUGGCUGUGGUGAUUUAUUCUUCCAGAAUUGUUCGAAGGAUUUGGAUAAUCCUCCUUCUAUGCAGUUUAUACCUCAACAAAAGACUGAUGAAGCAAUAAUUGAAGGAGAAGCAAAUGUUGAAGAAACGCCAAACGAUGUUGAAUCCACUUUUCAAUAUCCACAAAGAUAUCAAGUUAUUUAUGAUGACGAAGUUUCAGUUGAAGAAGAGUUUCAAACAAAUGAAAAGGAAACCCUUGAAAGUGUUUGUAAAGAAGAUUUGGAAUAUUUUGGUUACACGCUCUAUGAUGACAAUUUCGAUGAGUUUCCAAUAUUUAAUGGAGAGGACGAUUCAGAUGAAAAUCUUGAACAAUCUUCUGAAGAAGAAUCUCUCCAAUACCAACUACGAAGAAUGCUAAGAGAACAAUCAUAUCAAUGCAUUGUCAAUUACUUUGCCUCUCAUCAAUAGCCUUCGCAAGAAAUGAGUCAAGGCAUUCCAAUCUGGUUUCAGAAUGGAUGAGGAUUUUAUUUCACCUUGGUUUUGAGUUUUUGUUUAAACUCUGUAGAAUACACUUGCUUUUCCUACUAUCUCAUUGAGCAAUUCUACAAAUUUAUCAAGCACUUCUCCGUAAUCGUAUUUUGGAUAGGUUUUGGCUGUGUUUGCAAGUUCAGUAAAAGUUGGCUUGUCUACUUGUUUUGAAUAUUGAUCAUAACGACUGAAUUGUUGUUGUGAGUGGCUUGUCAUAUAUUUGUGCUGAUAUACUCUUAAAUGCCUUAACCACUUAGCCAAUCCAAAGAAAAUCCAAAUGGUUAUCAAUAACACUUUCAACAGACAAACGUGAAAAUGCGGAAUUGUUAUUUAAUAAUUAAUAAUAUGAAAUUGAGGAAGUAUACUGCAGCGUUUACUUCAAGUUUGACAAAAUUUUAAUGUUUUAAAAAAAAAUUGUUUGAUGAAAUUCAAUUUAGGAGAGUAUUUUGGAACAAACACUAGCUUAACUCGGUUUCUAAUAAAGUCCAAAUAGUCAAAUUG